AUGAACAAAAAUAUUUUCUCAGAAUUAUCGGCAAUCACAGAUGACAACAAGACCUACUCAGCUGUGUUUGAACGAGGAACAAAAAGAGCUGCAACUGAACAAAGUGGAGGUGAAGUGAAAAGACAAAUGCUCGACCAUCAUUCACAUAAAGAGCAAGUUUCGAAUCUUAACGCAAAUGCGUUUGAUAAGCCAAUGUUUGUUAGUGCUGCUGAGUUUGCAGCUCAUGCUCGUACAAGUAGCCAAGCAAUACCUGAGAUUUCUGAUGAAGAACUACUUAAAAUGGCGAUUGAAUUCGAAAAGAAGCAUCCUCAAUAG